AUGUGCAGUGGCGAAACAACGAUCGCUUCUGCAACACCCACGCAAACAGCCAUGAAUAUCGUGCCGCCCAGCAACCGCAGGUCCGCGCUCGCCGCUGGCGAUGCGACAGCCGCCUCUGCUGCGCCUGCGCUGCCCGACGUGCUGCGCGAGCAGCGCGCUGCGCGCCCGCUCGCCGCCGAGCUGGCGGACCGCCACCCCCUGGAGUCGCGCCUCCGUGACUGGGACGCGUGCGCCCAGCGCACGCGCUUGGAACAGUACCGGCGCAUCUUUGGCGCGGCCGAGCCGGUGCGCCGCACCAUGGAGCUCGCCCUCGUCAGCGAUGCCGAGUUCGCGCCACUGGGUGCCGCUGCGCUCCACCUGGACGUGCUGAACAACACAGAGGCAUCGCUCGACUGGCACGACGUGUACCCUGACGAGCAGCAGCCGGAUGUACACGCAGCCAUUGAGAGAAGCCUGCGCUUGUGA